UACCUUAAAACUUGGAAGAAGAAAAGAAAAGGAAAAAGAUGAAGACCAUCGUUGCUGUCGCUGUAAAAUCCGAACACUACUAAUGGAGCUCUAGUUUCUUCUCUUAGCUACUCCAUUUUGCACUUGCAACAUGAUGCGAACUCUUCUCCUGCGCAAAGGGGUCUCUAAGGCCCUCUCUUCCCCUUCAUCCAUUAACUUUUCAUCCUUCGCUUCUUCAUCAUCCUUUUUGUCGGAUUUCCUAACUUCACCACAAACUCGUUCCGCCGUCGACGCCCGUCGCCAUUUGCUUGGCUCUCUAUGGUCCGUCAUUCAACACCGUGGAUUCAAAGUCCAUGGAUCAGAUGUGAAAGUGGGGAAUAUAAUUGAACGGAAAGAACGUAUUUUUCAGGUUACAAAAGUUGAUCAUUCACACGAAGGAAGAGGAAAAGCCACGAUCAAGGUUGAACUUCGUGAUGUUGAGAGUGGAAACAAAGUAACUCAACGGUUGGCCACAGAUGAAUCUGUUGACAGGGUUUUUGUGCAGGAGAAAGCAUAUAUAUUUAUGUGUAAAGAUAGGGACGCCAAAGUACUGUUAAUGGACCCUGAUACUUUUGAGCAACUGGAAGUCUCCGAGGAAUUGUUUGGUAAAGCUGCCAUGUAUUUACAAGAUGACAUGAAAGUAAUGGUACAGCUUUUCAAUGACACUCCCUUGUCUGCAUCGGUUCCCAAACGAGUGACAUGUGUUGUGACGGAAGCACAACCACCUAUGAAAGGAAUUGCAGCUACUCCCAAGGAAAAGAAGGCAUUACUGGACAAUGGCAUGACAAUAAAAGUACCACCACACAUCGUUGUAGGAGACGUGAUAGUGAUUAAUACAGAGGAUGACUCUUAUAUUGAGAGGGCAAAGGGAUAGCCAUGUAAAUCCACUGAUGAGGAGAGUUAGAUUGGUUGUUUGGCCAUUCCGUUUUUACGCUAUCAUGAGCAUCGAUUUUUAGUUUUGAUGCUUUUCGAUGAGCAGUGCUUCUUUAGAAAUGGAAGUACAAUUUUUCUUUAGUAUCAAGAUGGUAGGAACAUCUUGCAACUGACAAUAAUAUUUCUAUGGGAUAUAUUGAAUCAUUGUUAGAUGCUUCUUUAUUAUGCCUUAUAGUUGCAUGGUAUAAGAGGGACAGAACCAUGUUUUACUGCCCCCAUCUUUUCUAUUUAAUUGAGAAAUUUCUUUAUUUAUUA